AUGACCGCCGACAGAAUCAAGGUCCCGCCCAAUGGGCUCGAAUUCAAGAGUGUCCUGUCGCCAAUUACCCCGACGAUACCCACCACCCCGUUUGUGUCUGGCUUCACGCCGCUGGUGACAGUCGUCGGCUUCCAUCAUGCGCGGGGUCCCGAGGUUGAGAGCUGGUUUGGGGCCGAGGAGGGCGUUGAUCCCGCCGCCAAGUAUGGAUGGACUCUGCUGCCGUUCAUGGCUCUGAGUGACGGAGCGCAUGCCUCCGAGGAGGACUUUUCCUACUUUACCUUGCUGCGGCCCGAGACCGACGACGGGCCGGCAACGUCCCUGUUCGGCAUAUCAUGCACUCGCCAGCUCGAUUCCUCGCAGCUCAUCAACCGGCCUGCCGAUGUGACUCGCUCAACCGUGCAGAAAGCGGUUGUCGUCAUCGCAGAUAGCCCCCAGUUCUUUGGCAUGCUGAGACAGCGCCUCAGCAUAGUCACCCAAGCAUGGUUUGCCCAGCGCGAGUUUACAGACGUCGACAUUCUGCGGGGGUUCCAGGACAGUCUUGCAGAUGAAAAAGCUCGAGGCCUCUUGCAAGAAGAGGCGCAGCGGGACCAGUAUCUGGGUAUGAGUCUGCGCGAGCUCAUUCACGAGUUCAAGUGGCAGGCUCUGGUACUGCUCAAAUGCUGCCUUCUUCAGCCCAAGAUGCUCUUCUUCGGAUCGCGAUGUGAUCGGUUAUGCAUGGUCCAAUUUUCUCUCAUUUCACUGAUACCCGGACUCAUUCGUAACCUCCAAGAUUGCGCAGAUCCCGAGCUCAACAGUCACGAAAAGAAACUUGCGCAGCCGACGAGUCUGCAGAGUAGUAACCGCAACUCGCUUCUGACCUUUAUGGGCCUCCCGCUACAGAUCUUUGGUAAAGGAAGCAUCUUUGGCCCAUAUACUCCGUUGCAGCAACUCGAUCUCCUGGCCGAUGUCGGCACAAAAUCCUACCUCGUCGGCAGCACCAACUCCCUACUUCUCCAACAAAAGGACCGUUACAGCGACAUCAUCAUUAAUCUCGAUGACAACACUAUUAAUAUCACGUCACCUUCUCUGAGAACGGCAUUGUCCUUGACUGCGGCGGAUAGGAGAUGGAUCGACUUCUUGACCCAGGAGGUCAAUGACACUUGGGACGAGUCCAAUCCUAGCACGCCAAAGACGAUGCAGUACGCGGGAAGCGAAGAAUAUAUCAGAGCCCAGUUUGAAGCCUACAUCAUUGGUCUGAUAUCCUCCGUCAAGUUCCACAACUAUCUCACCAGCAACUCCAAUGCCGGCCGCAACACGGCAGAGAGUGAUCCCGCCGUCGACUUUGGGCUUGAGUGGGUUGAGGCGUGGAUGCGAACAGAAAACUACCGCAUGUGGAACUCGUACACCGAUACAAACCUGUUUGCCGUCUCCGAGCCAAGGCACCCCAUGGCUGGCGGUCUCUCCAUCGAGGAUGUCCAGAGACGCAUAGCAGAGCAGGUAAAGGAGCUUCAUCUCGACGAACGCUUUGCUCAGGGCCGUGACAUCCUCGGGCGCAACUUUGCCGCUGGGCGGGAGAAGGCGUCGACAAUGCUCAACAGGCUGUACAACGACAUGGAGCAGAUGCGUGAGGCGCAACGCCGUCGUACUGAAGAGACCACCAGACUCACCGAAGGCAACGGAAGCAAAAGAAACAGCAUGAACGGUAUUAGCGUUGACACGGCAAAGCCGCAGGAGACGGUCAGCAGCAGAGCCAGCGCCUACAUGGCAAGCUGGGCGUCGUGGGCCGGCGAGAAGCGCAAAAACGGCGGAUGGGGCGCUGGCUGGGGCAAGAAGAAAGUCGACGAAACAGCCUCGAUGCCGACGAGCCCCAUCGAGAGGGACUACCAGUUUGUCAGCAUGCUGACUUCGCGCGGCAAUUCAACCGAAGACUACCGGCCCAUGACGCAGGGCAGCUUCAGCGAGAGCAUCCUCUCUGCUGCGGACAAGACAAGAGGUGAGAAGAUGUAUAUGGGAUAA